AUGUCGUUUUUCUCCAAGCUAAACAAGGAGUUCGAGGGGAUGAUGAAGAGGGAUGGUGACAAGAAGGAGGAGCCCCAAGCCCAAGAGGCAACGAGGGGUUACGGAGGCGAACAGCAGUCCUACUACGGCGGCACUCCGCAGCCGCCCCAGCAGGGCUACGGCGCUCCCCCACCGGUAGCGUACAACUCCCAUCCGUCCUACUCGAGCCCGCCUCCUGCCGGCCAGUAUGGCGCCCCUCCCCCUCCCGGCCAAUACGGGGCACCCCCGAGCCAGUACAGUCCUGCUCCGAGCCCGUACGGGGCACCCGCGCCCCCGAGCCAGGGCUACGGCACGCCAGCGGCGGGCAUCCCACCGACGCCGCAGCUCCCGCCGGGCUGGGCGGCGCUGUGGGAUCCUGCUGGGCAGCGCUGGGCCUACCUGGACACUUCCACCAGCAAGGUGAGCUGGAGUUUCCCCACGGGCCCGUCCUAUCCGGCCAUGGACGCUAGCCGCGGAUACGGGGAUCAGCCCGGCGGGGCCGGGUAUGCAGCUGCCGGAGGUGCGUAUGGCGCAGCUGCUGGCUAUGGCGCGGCGGGUGGCUAUGACGGCCAGCAAGGCGGAUAUCAGGGCGGUGGUGCCAGCGGGUACCGGGAGGAAAAGAAGGACGACUCGAAGAAGAACAUGAUGAUCGGUGCUGCCGCUGGACUUGCCGUUGGCGCCGUCGGUGGAGCCCUCAUUGCCAAUGCUCUCGAUGACGAUAACGACGACAACAACAGCAACAGCGGGGGCGGCGCACCACCGUUGGAUGAGCCCUUGCCAGAGGUUGAUAAAGACGGGGACUCCGUGAGCAGUAGCGACAGGGAAGAGGUCGAGGAAGCAAGAGAGGCCUACGAGGAAGCCUACGAGGAGACUUAUGAUGACUGA